AUGCCCUUCGAGGAGAGUCCAAACUCCUUCCUCUUUGGACUCAACCAAUUCACAUCGCCGGGUGCCGACUCUCAAAACGAGAGCGGUUCCAACUCGCGUGCCGACAACAUGCUCGCCAACCUCGACGCUUUCGCCGUAGCCGACGACGUGGCCACCGGCACCAACCACAACGAAGCCACCCCUGGCCAGGCUCCCAAUUUUGCCGAUCAGCUUGCCCUGUGGACCAACGCCAACUUCAGCUUCGACGGUCCCACGGGACACGCCCUGCUAGGCGACGAAGAGAAGGAAAAGGAGGAGGCAGAACACAAUCGACGACGCGAAGACGAGAACCGUCGAAACCAGGAGGAGGAACGCGAGAGGCUCGCGAGAAACGCUGCUGCUAGCUCUCGCGGCAGUCAUGCCCUUCGUGGCAAGGCGCGCGACUUCGACUCGAACGCUUCCAGUUCCGCUCAGCCAUACGCGCCAAACUCACAGCCGCACACGCCAUCAGCGCAUCCAUCGCAGCAUUCUCACCAGCACCAGCAGCAGUCUCAACAGUCCUUCUUCCCCAGCGCACCCAACUUCAAUGCCAACGUCCGACCUUCGCCGGCGACCAAUCCCUCUGGACCCGGUGUCGGUGCACCCUUCGGCCUCUUCAACGGCUUCCAAAACGUCCAGCAGCAGCAGAGUGCACAGCAACCCUCGCCUCAGCCUGGCUUUGGUUCUGCGGGCUCCCUCGACAUGACAUCUGCCCUCGCUCUGCAGCAUCUCCUGGCCAGCAAUCCCCUCGCACUCGCCAGCCUCAGCCAGCUUGCAGGUCUCACCAACCCUCAGCUGCAAUCGCAUCUUGCUGGUAUCGUCAAUGCAGGUGCUGGCGGCUUCGGCAAUUUCAACCAGUCUCAGCAAGGAGCCGCCGCGCCGCAACAAAGCCCGCAGGCCCCAAACAACGCUUCCGUUGGUCCCGGCCUGUCGCCUUGGCUGGCCGCUCAAUCGCUCGCAGCUUCGCGCAAUGGCAGUCUCAGCGGCCCCUCGCCUCAAAACGUCAACUGGGCAGCGCAGCUGGGCGGGAGCAGCGGCUUGCCAGCUGCCUCGCCCGCUGCGGCAAACACUGCACCCGCGCCAGCCUCGUCCGGCGCCAACGGCAUCGUGAAUGGCGCUGGACCCAACCACACCAGCAACGACUCUUCGGCUCGUCAAUCCGACGAAGCGAGCGGCUCUACUGCGCCCUCGAAGAAGAAGCGCACCAGCACGUCGGAAGGCAAAAAGGCGCAGCUCGACGACCCCGAUGACUCGGACGAGAUCCUCGGUCGUCUCGAAGACAUUGAGCGUCGGUACGAGAUUCCGCCUCUCAAGCUCAUCGAUACGGGCAACCCCGAGGCAGACGCGGAAGCCAACCGACAGGCGAUCGAGGAGGACAAGCGACGUCGCAACACGGCGGCCUCUGCGCGAUUCAGGAUCAAGAAGAAGCAGCGCGAGGCGCAGCUCGAGCAAGCGGCCAAGGAGCUGCACCAGCGUCUGGCGGACCUUGAAGCGGAGAAUGCGCGGUUGAGAACCGAGAAUGGGUGGUUGAAGAGUUUGAUCACGGUCAGGCCGGAUCAGGCCAUGCCUGGAGGGCUGGAUCAGAGCGCCGUGCCGAAUCCGUUCUCGAGCCUCGCUGGGCCGAGUGGAAGUCAAGGCCCCGCGACGGCGCACGCCUCGCCCGCGCCAAACGGCGUCGCUGGCGAGACGGAGAGGCAGAGCGGUCUGCAUCCGCGUGGCGUCGGAACGGCAGCAGAGGAUAACGCUAAAGCCAAAGCAAAGAACGCCGCCAAUGGCAGCACGCAGAAGCGCGAUCGCGAGGAGUAA